AUGCUGGCUUCCUACUCGGUCCAGACUUUGAGUCUGUUCAUGGCCCUCGCGAUGGCCGGACCUGUCCCCGAUCCCGCUCCCGAUGCGAUCCCCGGACCCACGUUAUCAACCGUCGCGACGAACAAUAUUGUCAUCCCCAAUGCAGUGGAAGUGCCAGUCAAGAUCCAGUACUACAAGGACUACGGCUGCAAGAGCUAUAACGUCGAGUUCACCAUCACUUCCGGCAACUGCUGGAACUACGGCUACAUCGGCACCCACUCGGCCAACGCGGUCGGCUGGCCCGACAAGGACGGCAGCGCCUCGCUCAUCUGCACCUACUUCUCCUCCAAGGACUGCCAGGGCGCGAACCACGAGGUGUACCGCGACGUGUGCGUCAGCGAUCUUACCCGGUUCGAGAGCAUAGUUUGCGACUAUUACCCAUAA